AGCGGUGCCCCACCAAUCGGGCGCUGGAGGAAGAAUUCACUCGCAGCUCAAUUGCGAAAUGGAGGUCUAUGUCAUCUGUGAAUGCACAUCGCACUCUUAAUGUCGUGAUUACUUAGACAACGGUCGUUCUCUUCUUCGCCCCGAUAGACUUAAAAAUUUACCACUAACCACUGGAUUAACUAUGUCUCGCCAUGAAGGUGUAAGCUGUGAUUCUUGCCUUAAAGGAAAUUUCCGGGGAAGGCGUUACAAAUGCCUCAUCUGCUACGACUACGACCUGUGUGCCACUUGCUACGAGUCAGGGGCAACCACCACCAGGCACACAACAGACCACCCUAUGCAGUGCAUCCUCACACGUUCUGAUUAUGAACUGUAUUAUGGAGGAGAAGGUCUGACUGUAGAGCAACCUCAGGCAUUUACCUGUCCUUUCUGUGGAAAGCAGGGCCUCACUGAAGCCACCCUUCAGGAGCAUGUUGCUGCUGAGCACGCGGACAUCACCUUUGAGGUUGUGUGUCCUGUUUGUGCGUCCCUGCCAGGUGGCGACCCCAACCACGUAACUGACGAUUUUGCUGCUCACCUGACCUUGGAGCAUCGAAGUGGGCCUCGAGAUCUCAUUUCUUUCCUCGAUGAGCCCUCAGUGUCACGUCAUGGCGGAGUCAGGAGAAUCCCUCACUCAUCCCGAGGCGGCUCAGGAGUUCCUCGAGCAAGGCGGUCUAAUAUGCACUUUAGCUCAUCAGGAGGACUAUCAGCUUUAUCUCCCUCCAGCAGGGACGUAGACCCCAUCGCAGAAUUAUUGUCCCAGUUGUCAGGAGUUAGAAGGUCUGCCGCCGCUGCCUCGUCAAUGGCAAAUGCAAAUGGCUCUUCCAGCUCAGUCGGUUCGACUCCCUCGCAGCUGCAGCAGCUCCAGAUGCAGUUACAGCUCGAGCGGCAGCAGGUGAGGGCUGCCCGGCAGCAGUUGGAACGACUGCCCAGGCGGUCCCAAGCUGCCUCAAAUGGUGCUACAGUAGGCUUGGCUGUGAAUCCACUCACAGUCCUGGGGGGCUCGAUGGCCGGGUUGACUGCUACCAAUCAAGCUGCCACUUCGGGAGGGGAUCAAACUUGCGUGGCUAGUCAGACGUCGACAUCGCAAAGCAAUUCACAAUAUAUACUUGGCAGGUCGUCCGAGUGCCAAAUAUCCGAGGAAGAACUUCAUUCCAUGGAGGAAACCCGCGCUGAACAUAGUCUGUUUGUCCAAGAACUGUUACUCUCUUCACUGGCCGACGUGAGUCUGCACGACUGUCCGGCAGGCGCCGCCUCGCUGCCCCUGCUUGCGCACCUUGAGCAACAGCAGCAGCAGCAAGAAGCGCGGCCGUCCGGCCCCCAGCCGCCCCCGCACGCGCAGCCACCCCAUCACCAGCAACCAAGCGCCAGCAAGAGUCGCAGCUUGGAGCCGGCGCGGGGCCCGCAGCCGCACCACCAGCAACACAUGCAGAAGCAGCAGCAAAAGCCAGUGGUGCGCUCGGCGGCCAAACAAGCGCCCCCUCCCAUGUGUAUAUUGCCAACCCAGCCUCCUGUGAUGAUGGUGACGGGCACCGGCACCAUUCGAGAAGUCCCCCCGCAGUCGGCGGCGCGCAACCCGGCCAGCAGCGGCGCCGGACUCGGCUCGCAAGCAAGCAGCGUCCGCAGGAAACCCAUUCGGCAGAGCGACCCGCGGAACCAACCAACCGAUCCGCCUCCUCGCUAACACGAGCUUUAAGGAAAAACACACCCCCACACUGGAUCGUAGAUUGAUUGAUGAUUGAUAGAGGUGCAAACGAACAACCAAAGUUUGUUGCAAGGAAAGAUUAUCUGUUGAUUAUUAUUAUUAUUAUUCUUAAUUCAUUGCUACUACUACCGCUGCUAUCAGACUUGAACAGAAAUACACUCCCAUUUGAAAUACAAACCAAAACUCAUGGACGUCUCAAGGUUCGUUGGCGGUGCACGAUGUGAAGCCAAUUUUUUUUUGUUUUGUGCGGAUUUCAACUGUUUGCGUUCAAUCGUGAAAUUUCAUUUUAUUUUUCUGCUCAAUCAUAUCGAGUUGCAAACGCUUUCGAGGCGAGACGUCCACACAUAUUUGGUCCGGCAUCAAUGAGCAGGCUGCAUACACACAUGAUAAUAUUUUCCAUCACCAGUGUCUUUAAUACAAGAACAGCGAAAAUUUCAUGGUCAGAUUAAACACAAGCGCCAUUCAACAAAAUUCACACCCACACAAGAAAAAGAAAGAAACUUGUAACAACUCUCUCUCUCUCUCUCAUAAAGUUUAAAAAAUUUUAAUGAUCAACACACUAAUAGAUAUUAUUAUAAUGGUAAAAUGUACCCCCAGUUAAUAACCAAAAAGAGAGUGUUAUAAUUAUUGAUUUAGCCACACUAGAGAUAAGCUUCAAUGUUUAAAAAAAAGAGUCAAAAAGAAAGAGUCUACUUUUGAGUUUCACACUCGGGACAAAAACAUGAUUCGCUUUGAGUAUUGUUUGAUGCCUCCUUAGAUUCAUCCAUCUUUCCCGUCCUCUAAGACGACUGCUGAAGGUUUCUUGAGCUACUUUGUGUUUUGCUUUUUGUCAUCAUUUGCUGUAAAACUAAUUAUACCUGUUAGACACUGGUGUUCCUAUUGAGAUACUUGAUUUGAACUGUUUGAUCGCGAGUUGUUGCAAAUGAGAGCAAUUGUACGAAUUAAACUUCAAAACUUCAGUGCAAGUGUGUUUGUAUAAAUUGUCAUUAAAAUACCGCGGGGACUGUUAGUAACACGAGAGCAAGAAUUUUUCUCAUACAAAUAUCUUUCUAAUCAAAAUACUGGAAACCCUUUUUACCCUAUAUUUCAAUUAUUUUAAUCCCAACUGGUAAAACUUUCGCCUGCUCUGCUGACGGCAGGGUGAAUCAAGAAAUGCUCUUGUUUUACAUUUGGGAGCUUGAUUGUGAUUGAAGUCCUGCUGAAAAGCUGUACAUUAGGAACGUAUAUUUAUUUGAGGAUUAUAUAUAAAUUGGUUAGUUUUUAAGUUGCAAAAUAAACUGCCUGGAAAUCAUUUAAU